AGUUUACACGAGAAGAGGGAUAGCUGUGCUCGCUAUAGGACAUGGGCACGCGCGGAUCCAAGCCUCAGAAACAAGCCCAGGUGCUGAUGCUGGGCCUGGACGGCUCUGGAAAGACCACCCUGCUCUAUAAACUCAAGUACAACGAGAGCGUGGUGACGGUGCCCACCGUGGGCUUCAACGUGGAGACGCUGGACACGGACAGGAGCAGCCCCGGGCUCACGGUGUGGGACGUGGGGGGCCAGAGGAAGAUGAGGCCCCACUGGAAGCAUCACUACUCGGACACGGCUGGGCUGGUGUUCGUGGUGGACAGCUGCGACCAGAAGAGGCUGGAUGAGGCACGCAAGGAACUCAGCCGGGUCCUGAGGUACGAGAGUCUGAAAGGAGUUCCUCUGGUGGUCCUUGCCAACAAGCAGGAUCUGCCGGGGGCUUUAAACCCAGAAGAACUCUGUGUGAAGCUGGAUUUGAUGAGACUGUGUGACAGCAGAGGCUGGUUCGUCCAGCCCUGUUCGGCCACCACGGGGAUGGGUCUGGAGGAGGGCUUCAGGAGAAUCGUCUACCUCAUGAAGACGCCGCUGAAACAGACUCAGGAAGACAUUAAAGUUAAAAUGAGGUCCAAAGGCCUCAGUGUCACUGCGAUGAAACAGAUGUUUGGCUGUGGCAGCUGAGGGACGACUUCUUUGGGGUGUGUUGACAUGCCAUGCGAAUGUUUCUGACCGUCAGUCAGCGAAAGGCCCAGUUGAAGGACCGUUGAGGUCGCAGGAUGACGCUUACACAGAGAUUUCCUUCAAUCUGUGCAGUAACGUUUUUUUGAGGAAUUGCAAUGAGGACGGAAUGUGUUUGGAUGAUGAUGAUCAACAACAAGGAUUCUGGGAGAAAUCUUGGAUUAUCACGUUGGUUUUGAGAAAACAUUCACAAGCUGUUAGGAGCAGCAGCAGAACUUCACAUUUGAGAUGAAAAGGAUUCAUGCUGCUCUUUUCAUGUAUUUUCUGAAUGCAGUGAGCACAAAACCUGUGCUUUUUUUUUGUAUCAGACAUUCUGAAUCACUUUAUUAAAUGAUCAGUUUACUGAUGUUUUUCACUAUUUUAUAAUAAGUUUUAUUUAUUUGAAGUGACACUGCCAGGAUCGUCAAAAUUUUGCAACA